CUUCUUCCUCAAACCGAACCAAAUCUCUGAGCUUUAUUUACUCCAUUAAUGGCGCCUACAGAAACACUAACCUCAAUGGCCGACGAGAAAACUCUUCGACAGAAGUUCGUAAGAGAUGAAGACGAACGACCUAAAGUUGCCUACAAUGUAUUCAGCAACGAUGUUCCAGUUAUCUCCCUCGCCGGAAUCGACGAAGUCGAAGGCCGGAGAGCCGAGAUCUGUAAGCAAAUCGUCGAUGCUUGUGAAGAUUGGGGAAUUUUUCAAGUCAUCGAUCACGGUGUCGAUACCGAUCUUAUCUCAAACAUGACUCGUCUAGCUCGUGAAUUCUUCGCUUUACCGUCUGAAGAUAAACUCCGAUUUGACAUGUCCGGUGGAAAGAAAGGCGGUUUCAUUGUCUCUAGUCAUCUUCAGGGAGAAGCUGUGCAAGAUUGGCGUGAGAUUGUUACAUACUUCUCGUAUCCUAUUCGUAACCGUGAUUACUCCAGAUGGCCGGAUCAGCCGGAGGGAUGGAAGUCGGUGACGGAAACUUACAGCGAGAAACUGAUGGAUCUUGCCUGUAAAUUGCUUGAAGUGUUAUCUGAAGCCAUGGGAUUGGAGAAGGAAGCAUUGACGAAAGCAUGCGUUGAUAUGGAUCAGAAAGUGGUGGUGAAUUUCUAUCCGAAAUGUCCUCAGCCUGACCUAACCCUAGGUUUAAAACGCCAUACGGAUCCUGGCACAAUCACGCUUCUUCUACAGGAUCAAGUCGGCGGUCUUCAAGCGACUAGAGAUGGCGGUAAGAACUGGAUCACUGUUCAACCUGUUGAAGGCGCUUUCGUCGUUAACUUGGGCGAUCAUGGCCAUUAUUUGAGCAAUGGGAGGUUUAGGAAUGCUGAUCAUCAGGCGGUGGUGAAUUCAAACAAUAGUAGGCUAUCAAUUGCGACAUUUCAAAAUCCUGCGCCGGAUGCGACGGUUUAUCCAUUGAAGAUUAGGGAAGGGGAGAAGGCGGUUAUGGAGGAAGCGAUAACGUUUGCGGAGAUGUAUAAGAGGAAGAUGAGUAAGGAUUUGGAAUUGGCGAAGUUGAAGAAACUUGCUAAGGAAAAGGUUUUGGAAGAAGUGGAGAUUGAGAAGGCCAAGAUGGAUGUUAUUAAGGGUAAUGGUGUUGAAGAGAUCUUUGCUUGAAAAGUAGUUUGUUGAAUUAUGUUUGUUGGAAUUUGUGGUUUGUCUAUUUAUGCUUAUUCAAAUAAUGUUGCAAUUUGAGUUAAGUGUUGACUUCUUAUUAUUACUAAAUGUUUAUUUUUUUUGGGAAAUGGUUAUGGUUAUCUUUGAGAAUAAAUAUUAAUUGGUACGAUUCA